UCAAAAAGAGGAUAUGUUUCCCCUGGAUGGCUGUUCAAUUUUUGAUUUUCCCUUUUCUACUUUUUUUAACAUUGGCGCAUUUCCGUGCACAUUGCAUGUCUUCACCUGACAAGCGAAGGUCUUUGUUUUUGCGAAGGUAGAAUACUCUUUACGCUUUCACGGUGUUUGGAGCGUUCUUGUUCUGUUAGAACUGAUCUGAAAAAUAUUGCGAAAACGACUGCUGAUUGGGAUACGUAGGAAAAAGCUGCAAAACGCCACCAUGUUGCCUUCCCUCGUAAAGUCCGUUUCCCGCGCCGCCUGCAUUACAAGGGGGGCGACAAGAGGCUUGCAGACGUCUUCCGCAACCAGGGCGGGACAACUCUUCGUGCAUCGAGACAGUGCGGAAAAUAAUCCGGAUGUGCCCUUCGAAUUUAACAAGGAGAACAUGGAUCGGGUGAACGCUAUAUUAGAAAUGUUUCCCGAAGGCCACAAAAGAGCAGGAUUGAUUCCGAUCCUGGAUUUAGCGCAGCGUCAGCACGGCUGGCUGCCAAUAUCGGCUAUGCAUAAAGUUGCCGAAAUUUUGGAUAUCCCUCGAAUGCGCGUUUAUGAAGUAGCAACCUUUUACACAAUGUUUAAUCGAAAACCGAUGGGCAAGUAUCACCUACAAGUAUGUACAACAACACCCUGUAUGCUCUGUGGCGCCGAAGAAGUUCGGGAUCACAUUAAGAAGAAGCUGGGUAUUAAAGUGGGUGAAACAACGAAAGACAAAUUAUUUACCCUUAGCGAAGUGGAAUGUCUUGGCGCCUGUGUGAAUGCCCCUAUGAUCCAAGUUAAUGAUGAUUUCUACGAGGAUUUGACCCUGAAAGACGUUGACCAGAUACUCGACGAGCUCAAAGCCGGAAAGCGGCCGAAACCGGGUCCGAGAAAUGGAAGGACAUGUGCCGAGCCGGUUACUGGAUUGACAUCUUUAACGGAAGAACCGAAAGGUCCUGGGUUUGGUUUGCAGAAAGGAUUAUAAUGAGACGUUUUUCACUAGAGAACUCUAGUAAUUAUUACAUUUCGAUGGAAAUAAAACAUUUUAUUAUGUGUGUUCAGUUGAAGUGCCGUAGAGGAUGAGUACGCUGGUUGCGCAGUUAUGUUUUUGGGGAUGUACAAAGUCGCUGUAUCUGUAUGAAGUUCACUUCGAAAAGUAACAGGAUUUUGAGAUUGAAUUAAAGUAAAGUUAAG